GUAAGCCCUGUCAUACCACAGAGAGAACAUGCAAAUUCCACAUGCAUGGAACCCUGGCAGAGACUAUCCCAGAGGGGGGAGGUGACCCAGUCUAAUGUGAUCUUGGUGUUUGUGAGGGUGUCAGGGAAAGCUGCCAGACCCACUGCUCUGACCUGUCAUUCAGGAGACCCACGUGUUCCGAGAUUAUGGGCCAGGUGUCCGUUUCAUCAGGUUCACCCGCGGAGGCGACCUCUACUGGACCAGCAGCGUGAAGAUUAUCCCCCUAGGGGAAGCGGCCACAAUCUGUAAUGCACAGUUCAGCUGUACAUUCAAGUAUUUUAUGACUGAUCUCAUAUAGUGUAACGGCUGACUGCUUCCUCUUUCUAAUGAAGCAUAUUAAUCUGUUGCCGGUAUGAAUUGCACAAUGCCUAACUUGUCACACAACUCGACGGGUGAAUUUUGACUCGGCCUUGACUCAGACUCUAAUUGUGACUUGAGAAUUCUAACUGACACUUGUGACUUGAGACACUUGUGACUUGAGAAUUCUAACUGAGUCCUUCCAGUUCUAUAGGGUUAGUUUGCAGCCUACUGGCAGCUGUACAGCCCCUCUACCUCCAAUUGCUUGUAUUAGCUUCAGUCUUUUUCAGUAUUGUGUACGCAACGAUUCAGAUAACUCGUUCCCUCGUCGUGUCUGCGAAGUCAUCCGUCUCGCUUACAUAAACUAUAAGGAGUUUCUGUAUUGUUACGGCAUAACCUCAGGUUGUUUUAUGCUUUAUAUAUUAACCAUAGAUUUUCUUUUUCACAAGACUGUAGUGCACAUAAUAUAUUAUUUUGCAAUACUGAUGAGACACCACUCUCUAGAGUAAGCAGAUAUCUGGCUUUAGGUUGAACAGUCCAGUUUUUCAGCUCGAUGCCCUCCAUCUGGCGUAUAUUCUGGGCGGAUGCUUAUAUGUCUUCUGAUUCAAAUUCUGAUUCUGAUUAUUUGUCCUCCUUUUCACCACCGAUAUAAAUCGUAAGGGAUAACGUACAACUGCUUGCCGAAUAAAUAAUUCAUUUCACACACUACGAUAUACUUAAAUGAUCUUAUUACUGAUUACAAAGAUUCCACUGAAAAAAAGCAGUCCAGUUACCAUUACAUCAACAAAAAACAAUGAACACUCUCAGUACCCAAUCCGAUAUCAAGUUUAGUGGCCAUACAAGUACUGCAAUUGACCUGAUGGGACCUUUCGUGAUGGCACCUGUCCUGGUGGCACAAACCUGUCACACAAAUGAGGUUGUAUUCAACUUUAUUGAUCCCAGUAGGAAAUUCUGGUGCACACAGCAGCAAGAGCAUACACAGACAAAUAUACAUAAACAGGGUGGGCCAAUAGUAGGUAUGCAGUUUUUAUUUUACAAAGUAAAAUAGUGAUUUAGUAUUUCGAAAUAAUGACUUACUAUGUCGAAAUAAUGACUAGUAACUAAUAAUUACUAAGAUCUAAUAAUAACUUACUAAAUUGUCCUCCUUUUUAGUGAUAAUUAAGUGGCCACCUUAUCACACACCGCACUGGGUGGUUCGGGAAAACUUAUUUACAUUCAUGAGAGAAGCUACCUGAUUGGUCGGCAAACGUGCUCCCAUCGACAUGUGUUGCCUUUUCCCACGCCCAACCUCAACAACUAUUGAUAUUUUUUCAACCCGUAGACGUCCUUAACUGAAUUUCCUUAUGUCAUUGUUUGCAAUGGAAGUAAAAUGUACAUUGGACUCGGUGCAUUUCCGCUGUUUUCUAGAAAUGGAUUGAAAUAUGGAGACGUCAUUAUUCAAAAACGAAUCCAUCUGCUGUAAAAUGCCUAUCCAAAGUAUGACUGUAAAUUUUAAGCCUUUGACCACACUCACAAUACAGUCUGUUUCCUUGUCAUUGGCUAAUAGUGUUCUGGCUUAUGGAUUCUGGUAGUUAGCGAUUAGCAUGGUUUCUCAGCCAUUCUGUUUAAGGCAUUCACUGACCAAUCAGGUAGCUUUUCUCAUGAAUAUUAAUAAGUCUUACAACCCCGACAAUUACGUAACCGGAAUAUCCGAGUCACCCGUCUCUUUUCGGGACGCAAGACGUUCGAUUUCUCUCGGAACUCAGAAAUUCCGAGGAUGCUGCCUUUGCUCCCUACUGCAGUGCUAGAGGAAGUGUUUUUAAACAUCUCCCCACAUGAUGUGGUUUGCGUCUGCCGGCUUGUUUGUCAUCAGUGGAAGGAAAUAGUUGACAGCGCCUCCUACUGGAGAGAGAGGUGCCGGCGGGAAGGGCUUAAGCUGCGUAAUCAGAACAAAUGUCCCGAAGACUGGUGCCAGUUUUACAUCUUAAGUAAGAAUAGAAGAAAUCUGCUGAAGAACACUAGGGCUGAUGAAAUGUUCACAGGAUGGACAAUCAUGUUAAAUGGAGGUGAUGGGUGGAAAAUUGAAGACGUAGCUUUAAAUUUUCCAGAUGAAGGAGUUAAGAAGUACUUCGUUACUUCUUAUGGGUCUUGCAAGAAAUCCCAACUAAUAGACGUGGUUAAAGAGGGGUUUGGACCAUAUCUAAUGGAUGAAAUUCAGCCUGAUAUCAUAAUAUCUGACUGGUUUUCUCCCCGCUGGGACUGUGGAUGUGUGUAUGAGAUUUGUGUUCAGCUGCUCGACCAAGAACAACGAGUGAUUGAGACGUUCUGUCCAGAUCCAGUAACUUUCCCUCAGUGGAAUGAGAUGCAGUGGGAAAGGAUGACCCAUGUGUUCCGAGAUUACGGGCCAGGCGUCCGCUUCAUCAGGUUCACUCACGGAGGACAGGACACCCAGUUCUGGGCGGGGUGGUAUGGGAUCCGGGUCACUCACAGCAGCGUGGAGAUCUCCCCAGCGAUGGUUUCGGAGUGACACUUUCAUCAAGACCAAGCUUUCAACUUUGGUUUUUGCAGCAUGCCACUGUUUGCAGGUAUUGAAGUCCAGAGCGAUACUGGUGAGAUUCUGUUCUGACCUGUGACCUUCAUUUUGUCUUGCCCUGUUUGAGAGAAUCUCUAUUGUACUUCAGUGUUUUUUUCUGUGAUGUGAAGUCAAAGAAAUCAGGGGAGGGAUAACCCUACCUUCCACAUGUAACUGCUGUGAAGACCAGCCAUCAAGCAAAAAAUAUUAUUUCUGUCGCUUGAUACCAUGUUGUAAAUAUGUUUGGUUCCGCUAGUGGUGUAUUACACUGUUUACAUAAUAUAAAUGUAGCCACUGCGUCAGUGUUAUGACGAUAAAAAAACAGACCUUUGAAUGUAGACCUAGAGAGCAAAAUUAAUUUCAAUAAUUUAAAUUUGUCAUGGUUAAACUAGUGAUGUAUAUAUUUACCCUUUGACUUGUCAUGUGAUAUUACAUUAACCUUCAUUCUGCCAUUCCUCAAGUUGCCUAAGUCACCAAACUGUACAUCUUCCAUCCCAAAAUACAACCCUGAUAGAGCCAUUAUUCUUAUAAUGGUUUUACAAACAAGGCUUCACAAUAAAUGACAGUGACAUAAUUGUAUUUU